AGCGGAAAGCAAAGGAAAAGCCGCCUUUAAAACACAGAAAGGAGAAGGAGAGAUUUCUUCCCAGGAGCAAGUGGUUUUCUGGUGCUAAACUCAAAUGUUGGAUUUGGAGUUGCUAUGGAAGAAGAUUCUGGCAGCAUCAUUAUUCUAGAAGGUGAUGAGGAUGAAAGAAUCUACACAGGUGAGGAUCCCCAUUACUCUCCGAUGUACGGCAAAGGUUUUGGUGAUCCGUCAGGCCUCAUGGAUCACGAGAGACCCAAGGCAACCGAGAAAUGGUACAAGUGUGCUGACUGCGGGAAAGUCUUCAAGAAACGAUCGGCCCUCCUUACCCACGACCGGACUCACACUGGAGAAAAACCUUACAAAUGCUCAGAAUGUGGGAACAGCUUCAGUAACAAAUCCAGCCUGACCAGACACAAGAGGAAACACACUGGAGAAAAGCCGUUCGGUUGCUUAAACUGCGGGAAGCGUUUCAGCCAGAGCUCGAGUUUAAUCAGGCAUAUGAGGAAUCACACCGGCCUGAGGCCUUACAUAUGCUCAGAUUGCGGCAAAAGCUUCAAGCAGAGCUCCAGUCUUCUGGUCCAUGGGAGAACUCAUACGGGAGAGACGCCGUAUAGUUGUUCCAUCUGCGGGAAACGCUUUUCCCAGAGCUCAAACCUCGUGAAACACGAAAGGAUCCACACUGGGGAAAAGCCAUACCGAUGCUCAGACUGCGGGAACACCUUUAGUAACAAGUCCAGCCUUACCAGACAUAAGAGAAAGCACACGGGGCAGAAACCCUACAAAUGUUCCCAGUGUGGGAAAAAAUUCAAGCAAAAUUCAGGCCGCCUUAAGCACGAGAGAAUCCAUACACGAGAGAAACCCUACAAGUGCUCAUUCUGUGGGGAAAGUUUCAAGCAGCGUUCGUACCUGGUCAAACACGAGAGAACCCACACGGGAGAAAAACCCUACAAAUGUUCGGUGUGUGGGAAAAGCUUCAGCCAGAGCUCCCACAUCAUUACGCACGAGAGGACUCACACGGGAGAGAAACCCUACCAGUGCUCGGACUGCGGGAAGAGCUUCAACCGCAAAGCCAACCUCCUGGCGCACGAGAGGACCCACACGGGGGAGAAACCUUACGCCUGUUCGGAUUGCGGCAAGUGCUUCAGCCAGAGCUCGUGGCUGAUGGCUCAUAAAAUCAUCCACACCGGGGAGAAACCCUUUAAGUGUUUGGUCUGCGGGAAGCGCUUCAAUAACCGCUCGAGUCUCAUUAAACACAAGAGGUCCCACUCGGAAGAGAAACCCUACAUUUGCUCAGACUGCGGGAAGUCCUUCAAGGAGAGCUCUAAGCUUAUUAAACACCAAAGGAUUCACACGGGCGAGAAGCCGUACCGGUGCCCGUUGUGUGGCAAAGGUUUCUGCUUCAAAUCCAGCCUGAGCCAACACGAGCGAACGCACACGGGAGAGAAGCCCUACGCGUGCUGUGUUUGCGGGAAAACCUUCCGGCAGAAGUCGCAUCUCAUCAGGCACGAGAAGAUGCACAUGGGAGACAAAUCCUACCCCUGUUGAGACUGCCAAAAAGCCAUCGGCUGGGGGCUCCAGGUAGCACAGGAUAAUAUGUGUUCUCCCUGCAGGGAGAGAUACGGCUGAAGUUCUGCCAGCAGCCCCUGUGGUCUUAGAAGGAAGGACGAAAAAACAAAUGAAUUGGAAGGACAGUGAUCUGGGACUUGAAACAAAUUCAUUUUAGCCUGCUUUGUAAAUCUUUUUGCAAUUUUCUUUUUUUUCUAAUAAAAGGAAACCAAAGUAGAUCUCCGAA